AUGGCAGAUAACCAAAAACAACCGUCAAAACCAGCUGCCAAGUCUGGUAAAAAUAAUGCUGCCACCAGUAAUGGAUCUGGUGCUGCACAGAAACAAUCUGGUACUGUACAGAAACAAUCUGGUACUGUACAGAAACAAUCUGCUGCUUCCUCUAGUUCUGCUAAACCAAAUGGUCCCUUCUCAGCGUCAGAUUUGAACAGGAUUGUUCUGGAGUAUUUAAAUAAAAAAGGUUAUCAUCAAACGGAGGCAAUGUUGAGAAAUGAAAGUAAACAAGAAGGAACCCCGAGUGGACAGCAACAAAAACAAUCUACAACAGGGAAAGCUGAACCAGCAACCAAUAAGGCAACAAAAGAAGCUGCAACUGCAACCACCACUACCGCCCCUGCAAGUAAUAAACAAGCAUCGAAUGAAAAAGCUACCAAAGCUACUAAUGCACCUGCUAAGAGAGAUGCAAAGGGUAAUAUCAUUGCUUAUGAACAAACAAUUAUGAAAACUUCUCCUGAAAGUUACCUACGAGCAUACAAGUUAUUAAAAGAAUGGGUAGAUUCAUCUUUGGAAAUGUAUAAAACGGAGUUAAAUUUUGUUCUUUAUCCAAUCUUCAUUUACAUUUUCUUAAAAUUAGUUAGCACUUCACCUAUCCAUGCUCGUGCUUUUUUCGAUAAGUAUUCAACAGAUUUCAGAGUCUUACAUGGUACAGAAAUUAAUAGAUUGUUUAGUGUCAACUCAGUUGACCAUAUAAAGGAAAACGAAUUAGCUAACGCAUUCCAAUCAAAUAAAUACAGAGUGACCAUCUCAAAGACAACUUUAAAUCUAUUACUUUACUUCUUAAAUGAACAUGAAAGUUCGGGCGGUUCAUUAGUUAUCAGCGUUAUAAACCAAAAUUUGGAACCAAAUAUCGUGGAAACUGUCACCACAAAGGAUAGAUUAUCAGAUGGUUUAAAAUUACUGACAGAUACAGGUAAGAUAAGUAAGGAUGUGGAAAUGAAUAAUCUUCCAGUAAAGCUGGGCAAGUUCCCACAGGAUGAUGAAUUCGUAAAAGAAAUAGAAACUGAACUAAGAAUUAUGGAUGAAAAAGAGAAACAGCAACUGGCAAAAGAUCCAUCCUUAAUCCAAAGCUAUAUCCAGAAUAGGAAAUCGUUACUACAGCAAUUCAGGAAGAUAAAUUUGAUAGCUACAAAUGAUAAAUCUAGUGAUUUCAAACAAGGAACUGUGAGUAGUGAUAAACAAAGUAAUGACGAUGAGAAAAAAUCUGGAAAAAAAUUUGAUGAUGAUAGCCUAGUCUCAAAAGUAAAUAAAUCAAUUUUAGAACCUCCACUGGUUGAUUCUCUACCUCUGCCACCAAAGAAUGCAUUAAACUUGAAACUGGAAAUCCAAAAAGUUAAAGAAACUAGAGAGUGUGUAGAUCUUUCAAAUCUACGUUCAGAACUGCCAAGUGUAUGUAUGUAUACGUUCCACAAUACAAACAGAGAAAUGUUAUCAUUAGAUUUUAGUGAUGAUUGUAGACUUGCAGCAGCUGGUUUCCAAGAUAGUUAUAUAAAAAUUUGGUCAUUAGAUGGUUCGUCAUUGGACACUUUAACAUCAACUAACAAUACCCAUUUUACUAAAAAGAAUACCGCAGAUAACAAUUUACACAGCAAAAAGAAGCAUCAAGAACAUGUUAAUACUAAUACUAAAUUGGUUGGACAUAGCGGAGCAGUUUAUUCGACUAGUUUCAGUCCAGACAAUAAAUUAUUGAUAUCUGGUUCUGAGGAUAAAACCGUCAGAUUAUGGGCAAUGGAUACACAAAGUACAUUAGUCAGUUAUAAAGGUCAUAAUCAUCCUGUAUGGGAUGUUGCAUUUUCACCAAUGGGCCAUUAUUUUGCCACUGCUUCUCAUGAUCAAACUGCCCGUUUGUGGUCUUGUGAUCAUAUUUAUUCGUUAAGAAUAUUUGCUGGUCAUUUAAGUGACGUUGAUUGUGUCACAUUCCAUCCAAAUGGUUGUUACGUCUUCACCGGUUCCAGUGAUAAAACCUGUAGAAUGUGGGAUGUUUCCACCGGUGAAACUGUUCGUCUAUUCCUUGGUCAUACCGCACCAGUUGUCUCAUUAGGUGUUUCACCUGAUGGUAGGUGGCUUGCAUCCGGUAGUGAAGAUGGUUUGAUUAACGUUUGGGAUAUUGGAUCAGGUAAAAGAUUGAAACAAAUGCGUGGCCACGGAAGAAACGCUGUCAAUUCAAUUGUCUUUAGUCAAGAGGGUACUGUUAUCAUAAGUGGCGGUACGGAUAACUCGGUACGUGUGUGGGAUAUGUACAAAAGUAACAAUGAAAGCUCAAUAAACAAUGAUACAGAAAGUGAUUUUAGUCAAUCGAUAGUCGGAUAUUUUGGAAAUACAUUACCUGCUGUAUUUAACGAUACAAAGGACUACGGCACAAGAGAUACAAUUAUCCCAACAAACGAUCUAGUUGCCAGUUUUUACUCAAAGAAAACACCAAUUUUUAACGUUAAAUUCACCAGGAGUAAUUUAGUCUUCGCUGGUGGACCUUACACAGAACUAUGA